AUGAGCUCGAAUCUUGUGCCUCCGCAAGUAUUUGUUGACACUCCCCGUCCACAUAACAAGGGAUCGAAUUCAGGUGAACACGGAGGAUUUCCAAUAAUCUCCCAGAACCGAUUAUCUUUUCCAGAAGACUUUAACGGACUCAUCUCGGUCUCGUUGAGCAACUUCGUCGGCCAGAGACCCAAGAGCCCGAAAGCCCGGAAGAGCCCGUCGCCACGAGUGAGCCCGAUGGCGAGCCCGCGGCCGAAGAAGAAGUGA